AUGCUUCUUUUUUUUUUUAUUUCAUUUUCAUCCUAUCUAUCAUUCCAUCUUUUUUUUUUCCUUUUCCAUUUUUCUAUUCCACCAUUCCAUCAUUCUAUUCUUUUUUUCUUCUCUUCCCAUUCUUUUCCUUUCCAUAUUCUUUUAUCUUCUAUUCUCUUUUUCCUUUCUUUUUCAAGGCUCAUUGAUAUUCGCCUAAUCAUUCUUAUUCCAUCAUUCGUCUUUUCCUAUCCAUCAUUCUACAAUCAGAAAUUCCAUCAUUCUAUUCUUUUCCUUUUCUUCCUAUUCCAUCAUUCUAUUCUUUCCUUUUUUCCUAUUCCAUUGUGUUGCGCCAAUCUUCUAAAUCAUUCAUUUUUUUCCUCUUCCAUCAUUCUAUUCUUUCCUUCCUCUUCCAUCAUUCUAUUCUUUCCUUCCUAUUCCAUCAUUCUAUCUUUCUAUCAUUCUAUUUUUCCUUUUCUUCCUAUUUUCAAUUCUAUUCUUUCCUAUUCCAUUCCAUUUCUUUCUUUCCUUUUUUUUUCCAUCAUUUAUUUUCCGUUUUCCUAUUCCAUCAUUCUAUCAUUUUUGGUUUUUUUCUUUUCUUUCCUAAUAUUUUUCCUUUCUUCCUAUUCCAUCAUUCUAUUCUUUCCUUUUCUUCCUUUGCAUCAUUUCCUAUCUUGUCUAUUCUUUUUCAUUCUUUUCUUUUUCCUAUUAUCAUUCUAUUCUUUCCUUUUUCCUUCCAUCAUUCCAUCAUUUUUCUUUCUUUUCCAUCAUUUUUCCAUCAUUCUAUUCUUUCCUUCCUAUUCCAUCAUUCUAUUCUUUCUUCCUUUUCCUUCUUUUCUUCCUUCCAUCAUUCUAUUCUUUCCUCCUUCCUAUUCCAUCAUUCUAUUCUUUCCUUUUCUUCCCAUUCCAUUUCUUUUUCCUCUUUUCUAUUCUUUCCUUCCUAUUCCAUUUUCUUUUUUUCUUCCUAUUCCAUCUUUCUUUUCUUUCCUUUUCUUUCAUCAUUCUAUUUUCUUCCAUUAUCUAUUGUUUUUUCGUUUCCAUCAUUUUUCCAUUAAUCUUUUCCUUUUUCCAUUUUCUUUUUCCUUUCCUUCCUAUUUCCAUAAUUCUUUCUUUCCAUUUUUCUUCCCACCUAAUCUUUUCCUUUCUUUUCCAUCAUUCUAUUCUUUCCUUUUCUUCCUUUCAUUUCUUUUUUUUCCUAUUCCAUCAUUCUAUUCAUUCUUUCUUUCUUUCUUUCUUUCUUUCCUCCCUAUUCUCAUAUCUCAUUCUAUCUUCUUUCUUUUCAUUUCAUCAUUCUAUAUUUAUUCUAUUUUUAUCAUUCUAUUCUUUCCUUCCUUCCCAUUCCAUUCUUUCUUUUCUUCCUUGCAUCAUUCUAUUUUUUUCAUUUCAUUCCAUUUCUUUUUUCCUUUCCAUCAUUCCAUUCUUCUAUCCUUUCCAUCUUCCUCUUUCCUUCCAUCAUUCUAUUCUUUCCUUCCUAUUCCAUCAUUCUAUUCUUUCCUUUUCUUUUUCCAUCAUUCUAUUCUUUCCUUCCUCUUCCAUCUUUUCCUUUCAUUCUUUCUUUCUUUUUCUUUCUUUCUUUUCCCUCAAAGCAUAUAUGAUGAUAUAAUCUUCUUCUUCCUCUUCCUUUUUUCUUCUUUUUCUUCAUUUGCUUUCUUCCUUUUUCUUUUUCAUUCUUCUUCUUCUUCUUCUUCCUCCUCCUCCUACUCCUCCUCCUCGUCCCCUUCUUCUUUUGUUGUUUUCUUCCUUCAUCUUCUUCAUCUUUCUCCUUCUUCUUUUUCCUUCUUCUUCCUUCUUCUUCUUUUGCCGUCUUCUUCAUCUUCAUCUUCUUCUUCAUUUGCUUACUUCCUUCUUCUUCAUCCUUCUUAUUUUGCUUUUUCUUUUUCUUCAUUCUUUUUCUUCUUUUUCUUCUUCCUACUUCUUUUGCCUUCUUUCUUCUUUUUCUUCCUCCUUCUCCCCUUUCUUCUUCUUCUUCUUCUUCUUCCUCCUCCUCCUCGUCCUCCUUCUUCCUUCUUCUUUUGUUUUCUUCCUUCAUUUUCUUCAUCUUUCUCCGUCUUAUCUUUCCUUCUUCUUCUUUUGCCAUCUUCUUCUUCUUCUUCUUCUUCUUCUUCAUUUGUUUACUUCCUUCUUCUUCAUCCUUCUUCUUUCUUCUUUUUCUUCUUCUUCUUUUGCUUUUUCUUUUUCUUCAUCCUAUUUCUUUUGCCUUCUUCUUUCUUCUUUUUCUUCCUCCUUCUCCCCUGUCUUCCUUCUUCUUCUUCUUCUUUCUUCUAUUUUUCCCUUCUUCUUCUUCUUUUUUUGCCGCCUUCUUCUUCUUCUUCUUCUUUAAUCACAGCUCUCUCUCUCUCUCUUCUUCUUUCUCUUUCUCUCUGUCUUUCUUUCUCUUUCCCUUUCUAUCUCUCUCUUUCUUUGCCUUUCUCUGUCUUUCUCUCUCUAUUUUCUCUCUCUCCCUCACUCUCUUUCUCUAUCUUUCUCUCUCUUUUUCUCUCUCUUUCUAUCUUUCAUUCUUUCUCUCUCUUCCUCAUUCACUUUCUCUCUCUCCCUCUCUCUCUCCCUCACUCCCUUUCUCUCUUUUUCUCUCUCUAG